AUGCCCGUGAUCAAGAAAGGUAGUGAUGCGCUUCGGAUAGAUCUGGCUGCGCCCGAGGACUGGACGUUCGCGUCAGGGGACGCGGUGAUCGGAGAUGUGGUUCGCGUUUCUCCUAUCGUUACUUCAAAUGCCAACUUGAAAGUUUUCUUGAGAGGACGUAUACAGACCAGCAGGGCAGAUGUUGGUGAGGGGAACCGGCACUCAGCUGGUAAUCGACACAACUACAAUGCGCUUUCCCAACGCGUUGCCUCUGAACAAAUUUUGCUAGCAAAGAAAUACUCUAUCUUUGACGGACCUUUGCAUAUCGCAGAUGAUGGAGCUCCGGUUUCCUGGUCAUUUACUACGGAAAUUACACCCGAUCCUCCAAGAACAAUGCAUGGGAACUUUGACGUCUCUUAUGAUUAUCUACCGGGCUCAACACCGUCCGUUAGAGGGUCCACUCCAAGUUCCUCAACAGCAUGGAUUGAAUAUUAUCUUGAGGCCGAGCUUCGAUACUUGGAGAGAAGUCAGUCUGGGCAGACUGAUAUUGAAAGAAAGCAUACUGCUAUUUAUCCCAUUGUUCUAAGACAUCGGCCUUUGCAAGAGUUUGAUGAAUUCGGAAUUGAUCAGGAAACAUUUAAGAGACAAAUUCGAGGUCAUCGCUUAUUACCAGAAGUGGGACUUUCUACCAAUCUCUCGAUGAAGCAAAGGGCGCAACAGCGGUUUGGUUCGUCUAAAGUACCCGAGUACCACUUCCAGGUUGAAGUGUACACCCCCAAAAUCAUACAACUUAACAAUCCAUCUAUAUUGCCUCUCAAUAUGGUCAUUAUUCAAGGGGAUGAAACAAGCGAUGAGAUUAAAAAUGUGCCAAGAAAAGCUUGGAUCACCACCGUCAAACUUUUUCUUGAUACAUUUAUCAUCGUUAAGCAACAUGGGGCCUCACUGGGUGCUGAAUACAGCAAGCCCACGAAUUCUGCGACUUCGUUUCCAUCGAAAGCCGCAGGGAAUACAUCUAUCUCUCAAGACUUACAUCUAGACAGUGUCAUUAAAGAACUAGGUGCUUUCCCAUUGGAGAUAACUGUUGGAGAAGGGACUGUCGAUCUGGGAAGUCUUCUCCAAUUAGUGUUGUACCAGGAUGGGCUGAGUAUGGGAGGCAGACGUCUUCAAAAGGUGUCCACAAUAACACCUAGUCUUGAUGUAUAUAACGUUCGGUACUUGAACUGGCUACGCGUUGAGGUAUCAGUUACAGUGGCAGAUGAGAAGUUCGUGCUGAACACAAGAUCCCCUGUGAAGAUACUAGCAGCAGAUUGA